AUGGUGACAGCUUACUCACAACAGGUUUUUCAGAAAAUCAAGUUGAAGUCUGCUUCUAGAUAUGUAGUAUGGUAUACUGGAAAACUUGCUAAAGUGUAUCCAGGGAUUCUUAUUUUCAUGGCAACCUUGGGAGAUAACAAUGGCGGUUCUGUUCGUGAUUCGUCUGAACGGACUGUGUCCGAGGUUGCCCCCACUCCCGUUUACCCGAAUACUAGUUUGUCCUCCGCCCAUCACUUCGUGUCUAUCAAACUUACCGCCCACAAUUAUUUGUUUUGGCGUACUCAGAUGUUGUCAUUCUUAGAAGGCCAAGGGUUGCUUGGUUUUGUUGAUGGCACACUGCCAUGUCCGACGGCAGCACUGCCGUCGUCCGUCCCGGUGGAGUCGACGGCGGACAGUGGUGGCCGGCCGUCUGAUCUGGCUUCGCUGCAGCAGCAAUGGCGCCGGCAGGACAAGGCUGUUCUUUCUCUAUUGAUUUCAUCCUUGUCCGACGAGAUGCUACCUAUGGGGCUGUCCCAAGGGGCGUCGUCCGUCUCGGAUUACUUGAGUCGGGCGAGAGUUCUGGUUGAGGAUUUGGCGCUGGCCGGCCGGGUUAUUACGCUUGAUGAUCAGAAUCUCUACGUUUUUCGUGGCUUACGACCGGAGCUUCGUCCUCUUGUUGCACCACUGACGCGUGGCUCUCCGGUAACCUUAACUGAGCUUUCUGAUUAUUUAACUUCACAGGAGUAUAUUUGUGCGCCGGGUGGUGGUGAUGCUGCUGCCCCGACUGCUAUGGCAGCGUCGCGUGGCCGAGGAGGAGGCCGCGGUGGCGGCCAGUCUUAUCGUGGAGGCUCGGGCAAUGGCGGUGGAAGCUCGGGCAGUGGCGGCUCGGGCGGUGGAGGCUCGGGUCGUGGCCGAGGUGGUCGGGGUCGUGGCCGUGGGCGGUAG